UUUCACCAUGUUGGCCAGGCCCGUCUCAAACUCCUGGCCUCAAGUGAAUUGCCCACCUCAGCCUCCCAAAGUGCUGAGAUUACAGGUGUGAGCCACUGUGCCCAGCCUGUACCCACUGGUUUUAAUAGUUGGGGUGUCAGGUAACCUCUGUAGCAGUGACCCUGCCUGUUGGGGACAAGUGGUUUGGCUGUGGUAUUUUUAAGCCAACGAAUCCCAUAUCUUUUGGUGGAUCCUUUCCCCACUCUGGGCCUCAGUUUCCUCAUUUGUAAAAUGACACAGAUGAGACAUGAGUCAGGAGCCCUGGUUCUAAAUGAAGCCACUUCUUGCACUUGGUGUGCAAUCUGGAUUCAAGCCCAGGGCACUGUGGGCGGCAGAGGUGUCCCACAACCUGUCACGAGUGUAGAGCGCUGCCGUAAGUCCUAGAUCACUGCUUUUCAAACUCCGGGUCCGGAUUCAUUGUGCUGGUGGGUUAGGAAAUCCAUCUAAUGGGUUGUGACCAGCGUUGAAGCAAAAUCAGUCAGACAGGAGGGAGGGUCUGGGGUGUCAUAUGCAGCAGGGUAAGUAUUGACCUGGGCGGCGUUCAUUUCAUCUGUGGGUGUAUCCGGUGGUGUGAGUGGGGUCGUGAGAUAACAGUGCACUUCUCAGAAGCGUUACAUUGAAACCCGAGUUUGGAGGCCCUUCACCCAGGGGUCUUCCAGAACUUAACUCUGCUUCAACCUCUCUUCUCCAGGGAUCUGGGACAAAGUGGCCUCAGUUUCCUUCUGGUGAGGGACAGAGCUUCUAGCCCGGGAUUUGGCAUGGUGGGAAUUUGGGAAAAAAAAAAAAAAAAAAAAAAAAAAAAAAAGGUAAUGUGAGACAAAACCCAACCUGUGAUUGCUCUGCACUGGGAGUUCUGUUUUUGAGGCUUAAAAAGACCCCCCUCCCCCCUUCUCUUUCCAGAAGAGCCGAAUGCACAUAAGGUCGCCAGCCCACCCUCCGGACCCGCAUACCCCGAUGAUGUCCUGGACUAUGGCCUCAAGCCAUACAGCCCCUUUACCAGUCUCCCGGGCGAGCCCCCCGGCCGAUUCGCAGAGCCCGAUAGGGUAGGGCCGCAGAACUUUCUGAGCCCGGCCAAGCCAGCAGGGGCCUCGGGCCUGAGCCCUCGGAUCGAGAUCACUCCGUCCCACGAACUGAUCCAGGCAGGGGGGCCCCUCCGCAUGAGAGACGCGGGCGUGGAGCAGGUGCCCCUGGCCGGGGUGGCCGCCAGCCCGAGGUUCACGCUGCCCGUGCCCGGCUUCGAGGGCUACCGCGAGCCGCUUUGCUUGAGCCCCGCUAGCAGCGGCUCCUCUGCCAGCUUCAUUUCUGACACCUUCUCCCCCUACACCUCGCCCUGCGUCUCGCCCAAUAACGGCGGGCCCGACGACCUGUGUCCGCAGUUUCAAAACAUCCCUGCUCAUUAUUCCCCCAGAACCUCGCCAAUAAUGUCACCUCGAACCAGCCUCGCCGAGGACAGCUGCCUGGGCCGCCACUCGCCCGUGCCCCGUCCGGCCUCCCGCUCCUCGUCGCCUGGUGCCAAGCGGAGGCAUUCGUGCGCCGAGGCCUUGGUUGCCCCGCUGCCCGGAGCCUCACCCCAGCGCUCCCGGAGCCCCUCGCCGCAGCCCUCAUCUCACGUGGCAUCCCAGGACCACGGCGCCCCGGCUGGGUACCCCCCUGUGGCUGGCUCUGCAGUGAUCAUGGAUGCCCUGAACAGCCUCGCCACGGACUCGCCUUGUGGGAUCCCCCCCAAGAUGUGGAAGACCAGCCCUGACCCCUCGCCGGUGUCCGCCGCCCCGUCCAAGGCCGGCCUGCCCCGCCACCUCUACCCGGCCGUGGAGUUCCUGGGGCCCUGCGAGCAGGAGGAGAGGAGAAACUCGGCUCCGGAAUCCAUCCUGCUGGUCCCGCCCACUUGGCCCAAGCAGCUGGUGCCUGCCAUUCCCAUCUGCAGCAUCCCAGUGACUGCAUCCCUCCCUCCGCUUGAGUGGCCGCUCUCCAGUCAGUCAGGCUCUUAUGAGCUGCGGAUCGAGGUGCAGCCCAAGCCACAUCACCGGGCCCACUAUGAGACAGAAGGCAGCCGAGGGGCUGUCAAAGCGCCAACUGGGGGCCACCCUGUGGUUCAGCUCCAUGGCUACAUGGAAAACAAGCCUCUGGGACUUCAGAUCUUCAUUGGGACAGCUGAUGAGCGGAUCCUUAAGCCACACGCCUUCUACCAGGUGCACCGAAUCACGGGGAAAACUGUCACCACCACCAGCUAUGAGAAGAUUGUGGGCAACACCAAAGUCCUGGAGAUCCCCCUGGAGCCAAAAAACAACAUGAGGGCAACCAUCGACUGUGCGGGGAUCUUGAAGCUUAGAAAUGCCGACAUUGAGCUGCGGAAAGGUGAGACGGACAUUGGAAGAAAGAACACGCGGGUGAGGCUGGUUUUCCGAGUUCACAUCCCAGAGUCCAGCGGCAGGACCGUGUCUUUGCAGACUGCAUCUAACCCCAUUGAGUGCUCCCAGCGAUCUGCCCACGAGCUACCCAUGGUUGAAAGACAAGACACGGACAGCUGCCUGGUCUAUGGCGGCCAGCAAAUGAUCCUCACGGGGCAGAACUUCACGGCUGAGUCCAAAGUUGUGUUUACUGAGAAGACCACAGAUGGGCAGCAAAUUUGGGAGAUGGAAGCCACGGUGGAUAAGGACAAGAGCCAGCCCAACAUGCUUUUUGUUGAGAUUCCCGAGUAUCGGAACAAGCACAUCCGCACACCUGUAAAAGUGAACUUCUAUGUCAUCAACGGAAAAAGAAAACGAAGUCAGCCUCAGCACUUUACCUACCACCCAGUCCCAGCCAUCAAGACGGAGCCCACGGAUGAGUAUGACCCCACUCUGAUCUGCAGCCCCACCCAUGGGGGCCUGGGGAGCCAGCCUUACUACCCUCAGCACCCGAUGGUGGCCGAGUCCCCCUCCUGCCUCGUGGCCACCAUGGCUCCCUGCCAGCAGUUCCGCACGGGGCUCUCAUCCCCUGACGCCCGCUACCAGCAACAGAACCCAGCAGCCGUGCUCUACCAGCGGAGCAAGAGCCUGAGCCCCAGCCUGCUGAGCUACCAGCAGCCGGCCCUCAUGGCCGCCCCGCUGUCCCUGGCGGACGCUCACCGCUCUGUGCUGGUGCACGCCGGCUCCCAGGGCCAGAGCUCAGCCCUGCUCCACCCCUCUCCGACCAACCAGCAGGCCUCGCCGGUGAUCCACUACUCGCCCACCAACCAGCAGCUGCGCUGCGGAAGUCACCAGGAGUUCCAGCACAUCAUGUACUGCGAGAAUUUCGCACCAGGCACCGCCAGGCCUGGCCCGCCCCCGGUCAGUCAAGGUCAGAGGCUGAGCCCGAGUUCCUACCCCACCGUCAUUCAGCAGCAGAAUGCCACGAGCCAAAGAGCCACCAAAAACGGACCCCCAGUCGGUGACCAAAAGGAAGUAUUACCUGCAGGAGUGACCGUCAAACAGGAGCAGAACCUGGACCAGACCUACUUGGAUGACGUUAAUGAAAUUAUCAGGAAGGAGUUUUCAGGACCUCCUGCCAGAAAUCAGACGUAAAAGAAGCCAUUAUAGCAAGACACCUUGUGUAUCUGACCCCUCGGAGCCCUCCACUGCCCCUCACCUUCUGUCUCCCUUCAUGUUCAUCUCCCAGCGGAUCGAGUAUGAGCACAAAGCGGACUCUCGCUUAAGGAGCUCACCACCUCCCUCUAAACAUCAGAGAGAACUCUUCCUUUUGUUGUAGGUUUUAAAUCCCAGCGAGCGUCCUGGUUGAUCUUAAUGGUGUUCCGUCCAAAUAUUAAGCGCCUGCUGACCAAAAGCACAUUCUGCACGAGACAGGACUCUGGAACGCGCCUGAGAACAGAGUGACUGGAGCUUGGAGGGGUGGGCGGGGGACAGAAGAUGUGGGCACGGCGAUUAAACCCCAGCCCUUGCGUUCGUUUUUCCAGGUCACAGAUACAGCUCCUGUACCUUUUGAAGGAAAGGAGUUCUCAGACAGAGCAACCAAAGGAACGUGACCCAAGAGCCCGGCUUACAGGCUGAAGAAACCCAAAACCCUCUUGGUAGAGACAGAAACUGAACCGUCAGUCCUUAGACCUCGCCCAGUCUCAGCCACCACUGGGCCACGGCUAAAGCUUUAUUUUUGAAUUCUCAUUCCAAAACAAAAACUGUCUUGCGCAGACAAGAUCACCUGUUAAGACUUCUUGGCGUUAAGUUAUGACACGUAUAUGCGUUUGUUAUUUUAUUUUUUUCCUGCUUUAAAAAGCUGGCCAAGGCAUCUAGCACUCCAGCUGUCUUGGCGAGCUUUUCUUAACCCCCGCAGCACGCCAUCCUGCUAACACGAUUUCCAUAGACUUGGGGGGCUGACCCAGGCUGCAGAGAGCAAGCACCUGUCUGCUGUAGCUGCACAACCUAGAUGCUUUGCAAGGUUCCAGCUUGCUCUCUUCCUAGCAGCCAGAGCGCUUUUCCAUAAAGCAGUGGAGAAUCUCAAGCAAGUGCGUUGAAUUGAGGAAUAGCAGAAGGGCUACAGAACCGAGAAGGGAAGUGUGGGUAUUUUUGUUAAGCAAAACAGCCCAAGUGCUUCUGGAAGCGGGUUUCUACCAAGAUAGAGGAAAAAGGCUGAAUUCCCUCUAUCCUAAAUUCAAAGUGGGACAGAGAAGCUCAGGAUGCUGUUCCAAGGUUCAGUGGUUAAUUUCAUUGUUUAAUUUCACCUGAAUCUAUUAAAGCUCCCUUCUGCCCCUGAAGACCUGUCUGUAUUAGAAUUCCAACACAAAGAAAUCUACUUGAAUGCAUCCUUCAGUCUGAAUGAGCUCUGUUCAGACCAGUUGUGUGUUAUAUGUGAUUUCCUUCCUUCCAACUGCUUCCAUUGAGCGCACCCACGGUCUCCCCUAGUCCUCCUUUGGUGCGAUUUUUAUGAUUUUUUUACAAACAAAAUCCUCAAAGUUCUUGGCAGAGGUGUUUACUGCAGAUACCCCAGGACCAGCGGGGAUUCAUUUUCAGCCAUUCAUUUGUUUACUCAAUAAUCCACAACAAAGUGAAAAUAUUCUUAGCACUCAGACUGUACUUAGAGCGUUUUCUCAGUUCAGUCUGUAGGCAGAAGGCCUAAGAAGAAAGUCAUGGCCAUUCAGUGCACACGGUGGGCUUUGUCAGCCCUGGCUCUCCUGUCAAGGUUACCCAGAGGCAAAAGCUUCCUGAGAGUGGGGCCAGGUGUGCUUGGCACUCCAGAUAGAAGACAAAAUGCUCAGAUUCCAGCCUGCGCACUUGUAUGCAACCUAUUGGUCAAUACCUAGCAUUUAUUUUUCCCUAACAAUGGACGGCCUUUCCCUCACCCACCCUGAGCUCAGAGUUGAGCAACAUUCUCUUUUAAAUAAAGAGAAUGCCAGUAAGAGGCUGACUCCCACCAUAGAACUUCUGGGAUGCUAAAUACUUCCUUAGAACAAAACAAGUUCCUAUACGAGCAGCUUCACCUAAAGACUUUUCUCUCCAGCAAUAUGGACUUCACUGGGGAAAAGCCAAGAGUGUGGUCAGUGAUUUGUUCUCACUUGACCUGGCUAGGAGCCACUUUUUGCACAUGGGGGAAUUUGGCCUUUCCUCAGUUAUCUGAAUGUUUUACCCAAGUGCCUUCCUGCUAUUGUAGCAAAGUAGCUCUGCUUCCUUGCCCACAAGGUGAAAAAGGAGUAAUGCAUUUUCCAUCAGUUUAUGUUUGCAAAAAGGCCUCCUGGUAGCUCAGCCUCCCGUACGCAUGUGUGUGUGUAAUACACACACAAACCCCUCUCUUUUUCUAGACAUCUUAGCUGGAUAUUAUAGGAAGCACUUUCCUAAACAACUAUACCAAAUAGCAAAGGAAAGAGAAACAAACGCAUUAGAUUUGAGACAUAAACAGGCAAGAGAAAGUGUAUUAGGAACUGACAGCUAUCGAGGAAGUCUUUUUGGUCAGUUACAAAUGCUAGGAGGAAAUUUUGCCAAGAAUGAUGGCUCAUGAAAUAUUUUCAGUAUGGGAAGAGGCAAUAAGAUCCUCUAAGAGAACGAGAAAGUAGGGGUGUCUAAAUGGUAAAGAUGGGUGUGUUGCACGUGUGUUAGAAGGAUCUCAGCUAAGUCAAGGUUUGCUCUUGCUAUAUCUAAGUUAACGUAAACAUAUAGCACUUGACAGACCUACCAUGUUGCUGAAUGUAGUAUAUUUCCAAAGUUUGCAAGUCUUCCUGUAUUGUAUAAAAAUGCUGCUGCUUGAUAAUAUAUAUAGCAAUCCAGAUUAAUUAGUAUGUUAUUAAAUUUUAUUUUCUUACCUGUAUUUUUAUGCUUGUUACCUGUCCUCAAAAUAUUACACCCCUGUUGGAAUUAGAUUUAUAUUUAUAAAUGGUCAGAAAUCUUUUGAAGCGUCUCUUUGUACACAUAGGUUGACUCUGUUUUUCUUAAGAGAAAUGACAUGUUCUUGAAACAUUUGUUAAUCAUUCCAGGAAACAAAAAGCCUUAUCACAAAAUCCCCACUCAGAGCCUGUUAGUCACCUGUAUAGAAGACAGACAGCAUCUCAGGAGAAGGAAUGGCUUUGCGGAAGAAGGGCACCUUUUUCUUGCUCAAGAGUUAUGCUGACUUCUUCAGCCCUGAGCCUGGAUCUAGUCGCUGAGAAUCAUCAAGUGUCUAGAUCUCCCUCCAAAACAAGUAGUCUAGUGGGUGAUAUUGAUUUUAAAAACUGGCACCAAAACUCUGCCUUCAUUGUAAUGGAAUUCGAAAAAGAAUUCAUGUUCACAGAACCCUCUGUUCAGGCUAAUCUUUACAGAGGGGACCAAAGCUAAAUCCUGGUAGGUAAUUCCUGUAGGCUUUAUCCAAAGGACAGUUUUCCAGCACAGACAUAACCAUGGAUGAACUGAUUCCUUCAAAAAAACUGGGAGGCACUGAUACUGCAUUUUUUUUGUUUACAUCCAACAGCCAAGACAUCUGCCGCAGUGAGUCAGUCUCGGAGACUGUCACAUUUAGGCAGAUCAGAAGUUGGUAUGUUCUGUUUGUCACUCUGGAUUACAGUGAGGCUGAAUUUAUCAUGUCAAGGAAAAAUAAAAGACCUCUCCAAGUGCUUUCUAUUGCUCAGAAUUGAAAGAAUGUUUUCAUUUCGAGUUUACAAGAGGCAUGGAUGGAGUUGUGACGUUCUUGACAAGCUGGGCUAACCUUUCCCGAACUCAUUUCCUGGAGGCACGGUGCUUGGUGACCCAACACAUCUUAACCUUGGGUCUCCUAGGCUGGAGGCUUGGGCAUUAAGUUUUGUGGAACCAAAACAACCAACUGCAUAUAAGUAUAUUCCUGCAUUCCAACUAAGUGCUUAAGAAAAAGCAGCAUCACAUACAAUUGUGAUCAGAAUCAUCCACUUCCCUCAGCCUUUGUGAGUGCCUUGACCUAAGCCAACAUCACUGUCUUAACUGAGUGUUUAAAAACAAACUUUUCUGGUGGUUGGUAACAGAGAGAUGCUCCCUGAACCCUCAGGGUCCUGGGAACUGGAAGUGAAAGGGUUAUUAACAUUCUACCUUUCUGCAGCUGUUGGUGGACUAAACUCCCUGCUGAGUUCAGGCUUUGAAUGGAAUGGAUGCAAAUGAUGUUUCCAUUAGAGCAGGUGCUCACCGCAUUCUGAUUGGCCUGAGCAGGCAGAGGCUGUGGCUGUUGGAACCACAAGCUUAGCAUCCUGGACAUCUUGUCAAAGAACCUCACUCACCCCUAUGGCCUCUACAGACCUUAGAGGAGAGAAAACCAAUACAGUUCUCCAACAAAUAGAGAUCUCUCCAACACGGUGGUGCUGGCAGGCUUAGGUUUGGAAAAUCCUGACUGUUAAAGGCGUUUGAAUACAUCACAUUCCUAUGCAAAUGUUUUUAAUCUCCAGUUUAAUGUAGUUUAUUUUUCCUAUAUGUAAAGUAUUUUUAUACGGCUUGUAUCAUGAUAGUUUAGCAAUAAAACAGUUGGAAGCAA